AUGAAUGGGUAUCAACUAAAAGAAUUAUUUGUAGGAAACUUACCAUUCUUUGCGAAUGCCAAGAAUGUUGCCGAUGCAAUAGAAUCCUAUUUUUUGAUUGAAAGUAAAAGACAAUGCAAAGUUUACCGGUGUGAAUUACGUAAAAAAGGAGAACUCACGAACAAAGGGUUUGGCUUCAUUUCAUUGAGGCCGAAUGAUGCCGAUGAUUUACUUGGAUUAGCGCAAACUACUCCGAAUCUUUUGGGAAGAAAAUUAAACAUAGAUGAAGCACGAAACCCACGGGAACUGGACAUGGAAUCUUUCUUCAUGGAGGAAUCAAAGUUCCAAGUCGCAAGUCUAGAAUUAGGAAAUUGGGCUGGUCAACCCCCGGUGACGGGGGGUAAAAAAGAGAAAUGGACUUUCGCAAAUCGUUGGAAUUACCCUCAUGAUGAAUUAACGUUAACUGUCUCGGAAUCAGAGAGGUCUUUUUUUUUAGAUGGAUUUUCAGAUUCAAAUACUGACCAAAAAAAGCGUGUUCGAAUACCCUUUAACUUAUUGGAUGGGAAGAAGGGUAUCCUCUUUGAUUCACGAGAAGAUGGGUUUUCAAUUUACUUCUCUUUAAAACAUCCACCUAUGUUAUACCGAAAAGCCAACUUUCUUGAGUUACUUUCAUCGCAAACAAGAUUUCUAUACGAGUCGUAUGUGAGUGAGCCGUUUAUGCGAACCUUAGAUUGGACGGGGAUGUUGAAAGUGUUUGGAAGAUCGCGUGUCUACCGAUUAGUAUUCAAGGAAAAUGUCAGUGAGAUAAAGGAACUCCUGGGAAAUACUACAAUACGCGGUAUCCCGAAGGCUAUCCCUCGCGCAAAAGUGAUCGCGAAAAAAGCGUCAGAAUCCUUAACAUACUUGAGUCACGUGUUUGAAACUUUGCCUUUCAUGUUAAGCUUUAAAUUGGAAUGUUUGCUGUCAUAUGGCAUUGUCACGUACGAUGAGAUUCACGAUCACCAUAUUGUAGAUCGGUUGAUCGAGCUCGUUGACCAGGGAAAGGAGACGAUUGCAUGGUACGCUCUGAAUCAAGUGGCAACAAAGCAUUGGGAUCCCUCUGACGAAUACUAUAGUCAACGACCAAUAGAUGUAUUUAAUGUCGCCAUCCGAAACUUCCGCGGGGAAUACAGUGAAUGGCAUCCAGCAAACCCCAAAAUUUCGAGGAGAAACACUAAUAGAUGGGCGUGGGUGAAUCACACCAUAAUAACACCCACCAGUGAAUACUUUGAUGACCCCACGUACGAACCGUCGAAUCGUAUCUUACGCCAGUAUGAUAAACAUGUUGAUAGGUUCAUGCGUGUCUCAUUUCGAGAUGAGGAUCUUGAUCGAUUGUUUGUUAGCGAAAAAGAUCGUGAUUUAUAUAGGGAGCGGAUAGGAUCGAUUAUGAGUAAUGGAUUUCAUGUAGCAGGAAGGCAUUAUGAAUUCUUGGCCUUUUCUUCUUCGCAAUUGAGAGAAGCCUCUUGCUGGUUUGUGUCGGCAGAUGGCGACUUUAACGCAGAUUUAAUUCGUUCUCUUAUGGGCGACUUUAGGGCACCCGCAUUGUACGCUGCGCGUAUGGGACAGUGUUUUUCGAGCACAGUCGCUACAAUAGAACUUGAUGAAGAUCAGGUGGAACAGAUACCGGAUAUCUGUAAUAACGGAUACAAUUUCAGUGACGGUUGUGGGACAAUAUCGGAGAGCCUUGCCAAACGCGUGGCGAAGCUUUACUUGGGAUCCCGAUGGAAAAGGGACAAGGAAGUACCCUCUGUUUUUCAGAUCAGAUAUGGAGGAACGAAAGGUGUGGUCUCAGUGGACCGAAGAUUAGAGGAAGAUGUACUGUGUACUCGUCCAAGUCAAAUAAAAUUCGAGGCACCAAUUUCCAGAAAUCUGGAAAUAUGUAAAGUGAUGAAGAAUCCUUUGACCGGACAUCUAAACCGACAAAUGAUUAUAAUACUAGAAUCCUUAGGGGUUCCGCAUAAGGUGUUCCUGGAAUUACAAGAAACAAUGAAAGAAGACAUAGACUUAAUGAUGAAGAACGAGGAUAAGGCGCGCGAUGUUGUAAAUCGAAGCGUCGGCUCGCGUGAGUGCUCCCACAUAACAAGGAGCAUAUUGAGCAUGAUUGACGAGGGGAUGAUGGGGACCGAAGAACCAUACUUAAUAGGACUUUUGGAGUGCAAGAGGAUCUAUGCGCUUAAGAACUUGAAGUAUAAGGCGCGUAUCAUGAUGCCACAAGCCUUUCUUCUGUUUGGAAUUUUAGAUGAGACGGGUAUUUUAGGACCUGGUGAAAUAUUCGUUCAAACGUCGAUCGUCACAUCUCAGAAUAACACCUUUUCGAAGAUAAAAGAAAAGGUAAAGAGGGAUCAUCGGGUGCAUGUAGGGAAAGCAGUUAUCACCCGAAAUCCAUGUCUACAUCCUGGAGACAUACAAAUGGUAACUGCUGUAAAUGUUCCCGAACUCUCACAUCUCCGAAAUUGUGUUGUUUUCAGCAUGCAUGGAGAAAGGCCCUUGCCCAAUUGUUUGAGCGGCGGAGAUUUGGAUGGAGAUGAAUAUUUUGUGUGUUUUGAUGAGAGAAUUUUUUUUGACGGUUCCGAAGAAUCGAUGAAAUAUGAUCCUCCAGGACGAAAAACACUAGACAGACCUGUGGAAAUUUCGGAUCUGCACGAGUUCUUUAGCGAUUUUAUGAUCAACAAUCGACUUGGCCAAAUUGCUAAUUUGCACAUGGCGUUUGCGGACUACGAGGCCGAGGGGGUGCGCUGCAAGGAAUGUGUAUAUUUAGCAAACAUGCAUUCGAAGGCUGUUGACUUCAAUAAAACGGGCAUUCCUGUGACCGACACAUUGCCAAAAAUUGGAGAAUAUCCGGAUUUCAUGGGUCAUGGGAAAAAAAAAAGUUAUCAAUCUAAAAAGAUUCUCGGAAAAUUAUACCGAAGAAUAGAACUCGAUCAACCUGAUGAAGAUUCUCUUCUCGGUUAUGAAGACAAUGUAGAGCCCAUGCAAGAGUUUCUCGCCAAAGGAUUCGAAUAUUACAUGGAGGAAGCGGUCAUAUGUAGAAACACAUAUAACUCGGAAAUCAAGGCUCUAAUGAAAAGAUAUGACAUCGACACAGAACCCGAGGUCAUCACGUCAAACAUCAUUAGUCAUAAUAUGAAUGGACGAAGAGGACAAGAUAUUCGAGAGAGGGUAUCGGAAACCAAAGCCAAAGCAUCGGCGUGGUACAUGGUCACAUACGGCAAAGAGAAUGUCGACGCGGACAAUAAAAGACUCUUGAGUUUUCCAUGGAUAGUUUCGGACAUUCUGUUAGCCAUUAGAUCUGAAAAACAAAGGGGAGAUAUGUGA